GACGCCGACUCUGCUCUCGCGAGAUGUGAGCGGUCUCCAGAGGCGGCAGCGGGGUAACUACCUCUGUGUGGUGUCUGUUCUAUGUACAUUGGGAAAUUAUGUAUAGACAGGAUCCUGCAUCCCGGAGCUGAUGGCUGCUCUCACAUUCCCAGCUGUCUCGUCCUCUACAGCGCCCGUCUCUCAGCUGAGCAUCCCUCUCCCAGGUGUUAUAUUUCUGGCUGUCUCUUUGUAUCUCAUUGUCUUGCUCUUUCUGCUCCUGGUUCACCAGUGUCUGCAGGCUCAAGGGUGCUGCCCCUCGUGCAUGGGGUGGCAGAAGGUGGGCGAGUUCGGGGUCUGUGACAUGUGUGCGAGUUGUGCCCAGACCUGUGACUGCAGGAUACCAACGACUAAACAGUGCAUGGACACCUGCUGUCCCGCUAAGCGGAGCUGUCCCAGCUGCAAGGAUGUGUCCAUAUGUCCGUAUGGUAUCGCCUGCGUCUACCAGCCUCCGGACUGCAGCACAAUCAACUGCAUCUUCUGCGAGAUUAAACUGUCUUCAUGAGGAUGACCUGAAGCCACAGUCGCCUCCAAAGUGUCAAAGGAGAGAAAGCCGCGCUCUCCUACAGUGCUUCAUUGCCUGUACCCGUGUCCCCUCCGCUACCGACCAGGCUGCUAAUUGCUGUCUGCCCUGUAGAGGGCACUGUAGACUCUGCUGCCUGGAGUCAUUUGUGAAUCUGUGAUGCAUCCAGUCCUUUCUCCCUCUGUGCUGCUGUUCUUCUGUCUCCCCCCCAUUUAUCCUGCUCAUCUACUGUUUCCCUCUGUGCUGCUGUUCUUCUGUCUCCCCCCAUUUAUCCUGCUCAUCUACUGUUUCCCUCUGUGCUGCUGUUCUUCUGUCUCCCCCCAUUUAUCCUGCUCAUCUACUGUUUCCCUCUGUGCUGCUGUUCUUCUGUCUCCCCCCAUUUAUCCUGCUCAUCUACUGUUUCCCUCUGUGCUGCUGUUCUUCUGUCUCCCCCCAUUUAUCCUGCUCAUCUACUGUUUCCCUCUGUGCUGCUGUUCUUCUGUCUCCCCCCAUUUAUCCUGCUCAUCUACUGUUUCCCUCUGUGCUGCUGUUCUUCUGUCUCCCCCCAUUUAUCCUGCUCAUCUACUGUUUCCCUCUGUGCUGCUGUUCUUCUGUCUCCCCCCAUUUAUCCUGCUCAUCUACUGUUUCCCUCUGUGCUGCUGUUCUUCUGUCUCCCCCCAUUUAUCCUGCUCAUCUACUGUUAUCAUGGGAAGCGCACUAUAAAUGUGCUGCGUGGCGUGUUACAUGCUCCGUGUUCCCUCUUGUAUUAAAUCCCAACACUGUAGGCAUACAAUCUUCUGGUCUGCAACAUCCUUUUCCAACACGAGUGCCUCCUUUAUAGUCUCUCCCAUUCCAUAUGGGAUCAGGCUCAUUCCUGAAUGUUAUAUAUGUAUUUGAGGACAUGAAGGGUUUCUUUGGCCAUAUUUGGUGGCCUCUUAUACAGGUAAGAGAUUAGGUGCUUUUCCAGCCCACAGCGUCCCUUGCCCCGGACACCUCACUCUUACAUUCCUGAUCACUUCCGUGAUCACUCCUUUUCACUGUAUGUCUUUUAAUAUAUAUUUUUGUGCUGAAUGUAUUUUUGGUGCUUUUAAAAUAUAUUUUUUAUAUUUGUUUUAUAUAUUAAAUGCUUAAUUGUAACAUA